CAGGGGAGGACCAGGUCCUUGACACGGGGCCUCUUCACUGUGGAGCGUCCCCCUCCGCAGGUGUGUCUGACAAUGCUGGACUUCAAGAUCAUGAUCGCCAUCGGGGGCGGCCUCCUGGUCGCCUUGUUUGUGCUGCUGAUCGUGGUCAUCUGUCUUUACUGCAAAGUGGCCAGAGCGCUCAGUUCGCCAAAGGUCUCCAAGGACAUGAUCCUGACCACUGGCUGCUACCCGGCGGCGGCAGCCACCAUCCCGGCCUGUGACGAGUGCAACAUCUACGCGGACAUGGACCCGCUGCUGCCGUGCGUGUGCGACACCAACGAAGGCCUCUGAGGGCGCCGCUGCCCCGAGCUGCACCUCCAGCCGCAGGGCGCCCCGCUCUCGCGCGCUCCCCACUUUGACUAUUUUUAUGUGCCCUGUGACAUGUAUAUGUGCUUUUGAAUGAAUGCGUGAUGGCCAAAAGAACCCAGCGCACCCACGGUUGCUGCCGCUGGCGUGGACGGGCGCACGGGGACGGGGAGCAGCCUGGGCCUGGGCGACAAGCCUCACCGCCAGCGCAGGACCGGAGCGAGCGGGCGAGGACGGCGUCCGGCUGGCAGCAGGCGGGCCGCGCGGGGCUGGGGACAGAUAAAUAAACG